CACAAAUCUUUCGCUAACCCCCAGGAUUCGUCCAUGGAAUAGCCUCGUUAUUUCAUAAUCUAGUCUGCACAGGUUUUACCUGCCUUCCGUCUAGCUUCUCUUGCAGCAGAUCAAAGAGACGUGCCUUGCACAAUGCCGAAGAAAAACAUCUCAGCCAAGUUCGCGCUACCAUAUCAAUCGGCAAACAAGGACCGAAGAAAACAAUUCCAUAUCAAGCAAAAGAAGGCACGAGAUGUUCUGAAGCGUGAAGAGAGAUUCGCAAGGAAAAAGGAGGAGGCUCGAGAUCCGAGGUUGAGAGAGGAGCGUCUUCGUACGAAUGUUCCUAAAACAAUCGACUUGAAACGGACCUGGGAUGAGAUCGGCGACGAUGAUGACGAGGCUAGCAUUUUAGGAAAAGCAGUAGAUCUUGCACAAUUGGCUAAGAGAAGGAAGAUUGAGGAGGAACAGCAGAUGAUGGACGAGAGUGAUGCCGGCAGCGAAGUUGAAGACGAGGGCGCAGUACCUGACAAAGACGACGCAGAGAGUGAUAUAGACAGUAUGCUGGACAGUGGUAGCGAGAGUGACGAAGAAGAUGAAGAAGGCGAAGACGAAGACGAAGACGAGAAGGCAUUCAAGAAACCCUAUUCAAAGGGCCAGCAGCGCCGCCAGGCCAGUCCCAAUCCUUCGACGACAAGCACGAAUCUUAACCUCACGCCCGAAUCGCUCGUCUCCAAGUUUCCCACUCUGUUCGCACCGUUGGACAAGGAUCCAAAGAUUCUUAUCACCACCUCCAUAAACUCGACCCUGCAUGACCAGGCACGUUUGCUGACCGAGCUGUUCCCCAACAGUGUGUACGUGCGACGCUCGGCCCACAGGUUCGGGCACAAGUUCAGCGUUAAGGAGAUUGCCGGUUUUGCCGCGAACAGGAACUACACGGCGCUCAUCAUCAUGAUGGAAGACCAGAAAAAACCUUGCGGCUUGGAUUUUGUACAUCUGCCUAACGGACCGAUGUUCCAUUUCAGCCUAACAAAUUGGGUUGAAGGUAGAAAAUUGCCUGGACAUGGCAACGCUACGAACCACUAUCCUGAGCUCAUUCUAAACAAUUUCCGCACCCCGCUUGGUCUACUCACUGCACAUCUCUUCAAAACUCUUUGGCCACGAAAACCGGAAAUUCAAGGCCGACAAGUUGUGACCAUGCAUAAUCAGCGUGACUUCAUCUUCUUCAGAAGACAUCGUUACGUAUUUCGCGACAAACGAGCAACGGAGAAGAGCGUUGUAGGCACAGAUGGCAAACCCAUGGCUGGUGUGGAAGACAUUAGAGCUGGAUUGCAAGAGUUGGGACCUCGGUUCACAUUGAAGCUGCGUAGGGUGGAUAAAGGAAUCCAGAGGAGCAGUGGACAAGAGUGGGAGUGGAAGACGAAGACGGAUAAGGUUCGGACAAAAUUCCAGCUUUAGAAUAUUGGAAAUUUCGUUGGCUUCCUCUGCAUAUACCCGAUCUGGAAUGCAUGAUUGUUCGCAUGCAUCAGCAAAUACGAAUUUUAGCGUCCAGGCUGACUCUAAACUCAUGCCUUGCCAUUUCUUCUCCCUUUCCGCUCGCAUACCUAGGUACAAACACUUCACCGACGAGAGUAUAACGUUUCUUACCACCAUCCUUGCGCAAUACAUACGGGAAUGUCGCACCUCGAAAGAUCGUUAUCCGAUCCUCGACUUUCGCUUCAUCCGGAAUCAUGGCAAGAAAUCCCCUCUUGGUUAUGCACAGCCUUCGCCCUGGGCCAUU